UCAGUGUUAUUGAAAUGCACGUGUGAUUUAAUUACAGAAUGGAUUUAAAUAGGAACAGAAGUGACAGAGAGAUAAGAAGAGAUGAACUACCGAAUGGACGGACACAUUUGAGAGAUGAACAGCUGAAAUUUCUGAUAAUUGGAGAUUUUGGUGUUGGUAAAACAGCUAUAGUCCGCAGAUAUGUUGAUGGAAGAUUUUCUUCAAACUAUAAAAUUACUAUAGGUGCAGAUUUUACUUUGAAGACUGUCCUUUGGAAUGGCGAAACAAGAAUUAAUGUACAACUUUGGGAUAUAGCCGGUCAUGAAAGAUUCGGCUAUAUGACAAGAGUCUACUACAAAUCCGCAGUUGGGGCCGUUGUGGUGUUUGACCUCACAAGAAGUGCUACAAUACAAUCUGUUACAAAGUGGUUACAUGACCUGAGAGAGAAAGUGACUCUAGCAGACGGGACUGCUGUGCCUGUGGUGUUGAUGGCUAACAAAUGUGAUGUGACCAGCAGUGUACCUAUAGACCUCAUCACAAGGAUGUGUCGAGAGUACAAUAUCGAUGGAUGGUUCCCCACGUCCGCCAAGGAGAACUUCAACAUAGGGAAAGCAUUUGAUUUCCUGAUCACUCGAGCGCUGCAGACUAAAGUGCCUGAUCCAAUCUACAAGGAAAAUAUUAUUUUAAAUCAGAAAACAAUUUUUGAUAAAAAGAUCUACAUCAGAAAGCAAGGCUGUUGCCACUGACUGGGGUUAUGCAGUUCAACAUUUCAACACCCUGGCUACAUACACUUCUAGUCAUAACUUUUUUUAUAAGAACCCACCAAAUACUA